CCCUUCUCCCUCGCCUCGCCUCUUCAAUUUUGUUUCUCUUGCUUUCGUACGGGAGGAGGAGCAGAAUUGAUCCGCACGCCUCCAUAAUCCGAGUUCCAAUCCACCGGGGAAGAGAAGAUCACCGCCGCUUCGAUUCAUCGCAAGCAGCAAUUAACUUGAAUCCAUCCAUAUGUAGUAGUUAAUUUAUUCGUCUCUUCAAUUUCCAGUUUCGAAACCCUAAUUUUUGCUAUCCUUUUCAAUUUCCAUGUUUAUUUUGUGAAAUUCAUGGUUUUCCUUCCCAUUUUCUCCCAGGUUCCGUAGGGUUUGCUAAUUCUUGUCAUAGAUUUUGCUUUGGUUUUCGUGUUAGCAUGUUCUGUGAUUUUUUUAUGGAAAAAAUUUCCCCCCAAUGUGACGAGCGAUUCCGCGUUGUUUUUGGCAAUCGAUUGAUUCGUAUUGCGUUGAUUCUUCUGUGUUGAGAUGAAGCUCCUUGUCCGAUUAAUCGAAGCCAGGAACAUUCCGGCGACGGGUCCGAACGGAUACGGCGAUCCGUACGUGAAAUUGAAGCUCGGGAAGCAGAAAUUCAGGAGCACCGUCGUGAAAAAACGCACCGACCCGACCUGGUGCGAGGAAUUCACUUUCAAAGUCGAAGAUCUGAAGGAGGAGCUAAUCGUGUCUGUUCUGGACGAGGACAAGUACUUCAACCACGACCACGUCGGGCAGAUCAAAGUCCCCAUCAUUAACGUCUUCGAAGCCAAGGAUCAGUCCCUCGGCACAUCCUGGUACAAAUUGCAUCCCAUUAACAAUGGCAAGAAGGCCAGGAACACUGAAUGUGGGGAAGUUCUCCUCACCAUUUGUUUCGCACAGAGCAGCCCCGCCGACGCGCCACUUGUUGGAGAUUCCGAAGCCUUGCUAAGGAAGUGUCCCAGCACUCUGCAUACCUCACCUUCCGGAACAUUCUCGCCGGCAAGGUUAGAAGACCCUGGCGCCACGCCUCCGGGGCCUUCCAAAGAGGAUAAGUCGACAUUCGCCAACAGAAUUGCCAACAUGUUUAAUAAGAAUGUGGAUUCAUCGCCGGUUGGAGAAAGGGACGAUCCAUUGCCAGAGCACAAGAGCAUUUUUUCGGCGUAUUCAGAGGAGCAAUCAACAUCGCUUAGUUUCGAAGAAGUGAUGAGAAUCUUGGAGGCGAAAGAACAACAACAAGGAGGCGAAAUCCCCGAUCCUUUACCGGGAGGGGUGGUUCUCGAUCAACUAUACUCUCUGGCGCCACAUGAGCUGAACUCGAUGAUCUUUUCCUUGGAUUCGUCCUUUUGGAAGUCGACAGCUGACGCCGUGGGCUCAACAGAUCUGCAAAUAGGGCAGUGGAGAGUUGAAAGCAGCGGGGCAAGUAUCAAAAGAGUCGUGUCUUAUACUAGAGCUCCGACGAGAAUAAUCAAAGGCGUGAAGGGUAUAGAGGAGCAGACAUAUUUGAAAGGCGAUGGUAAGAGUUUCGCCGUCUUAGCCAGCGUGGACACACCGGAUGCGCCGUAUGGGAAGACAUUCAAGGCAGAGGUUUUGUACUGCAUUACUCCGGGGCCAAUGCAGCUGUCGGGACAGCCGUCUGCCCGGCUUGUAGUUUCGUGGAGGAUCAACUUCCUGCAGAGCACGAUGAUGAAAGGAAUGAUCGAAAGCGGCGCAAAGCAGGGGCUAAAGGAUAACUUCGAGCAAUAUGAGAAGAUCCUAUCUCAAGUUCUGAAGCCUGUAGUAGUUCAUGAUGUUGCUUCCGAGAAGGACAAGGUCUUGGCGUCGCUCCACGCCGAGCAUCAGUCUGAUUGGAAGCUCGUCGUGCAGUACUUGAUGAACCUGACUGUCAUUUCGGCUGUAGCAUUGGGUUUCUUCAUCGCAGCGCAUAUCUGGCUCGCUAUGCCGGGCAAAACUCAAGGACUUGAGUUUGUUAGCCUUGACUUGCCGGACUCUGUUAGCGAAGUGAUGGUGUCGGGAGUGCUUGUUUUGAUCGGAAAACAGACGCUGGAGUUAUUCUCCCGAUUCAUGCAUGCCAGGAUGCUGAAAGGCAGUGAUCAUGGAAUUAAGGCGCGUGGAGAUGGCUGGUUGCUCACGGUCGCCUUGAUCGAAGGGAGGAGCUUGAUAGCCGCCUACUCGGCUGGAUUUUCGGAUCCUUAUGUGGUGUUUACGUGCAAUGGGAGGAAACGAAUGAGCUCGACUAAGUUUCAGAGGUUGGAUCCUCUUUGGAAUGAGUUCUUUGAGUACGAUGCAAUGGAUGAGCCUCCGUCGCUGUUGGAAGUAGAAGUUUUCGGCUUCAGCGGGCCUUUCGCCGAAGCUAAAUCUAUCGGACGCGCUGAGAUCAACUUCUUGAAUUCCAAUUUUUCGGAGCUAUCCGACAUGUGGAUUCCUCUUGGGAGAGAGAUGGAGUUCGGCUGCGAGCCGAAGCUCCAUGUAAGAAUUUUCUUGGAGAACACGAAGGGUGACGACGCGGUGAAAGACUACACUACUAAGAUGGAGAAGAUGGUCGGAAAGAAGAUGAAACCGCGUUCGACUCAAACAAACGCCGCCUUCCAGAAGCUUUUCGGGCUACCUCCGGAAGAGUUCCUCAUCAAUGACUUCAAUUGUAACUUGAAACGAAAAAUGCCGCACCAGGGUCGGGUGUUUGUGUCGCCGAGGACAGUGGGUUUCCAUUCGGACAUAUUUGGUCAUAAGAUAAAGUUCUUCUUCCUCUGGGAAGACGUGGAGGACAUCCAGGUCAUACCUCCUCGCCUGGCGUCCAUGGACAUCAUCAUAAUCUUAAAGCCUCGAAGGGGAUACGAUGCGCGCCAUGGAGCCCGGUCGCAGGACGCCCAAGGCAGGCUGCGCUUCCAUUUUCAGUCCUUCGUCUCCUCCAACCUCGCCCACCGAACAAUCAUGGCGGUGUGGAGGGCAAGAGCCCUGAGUCCCGAGCAGAAGGCGCGAAUCGCCGCCGAGGAAUCCGCAGCCAACGACGCCCAAAACGGCGACGAGAUGGUGGUGGAGAGCCCCCGCAGUCAGUCGGCCGGAGACGACGAGGAGCCGGCGUUGGACAUGCCCGUCGUCUACUCCUCCGUCGUGUCCAUUCCCAUGGGUUUCUUGAUGGAGGUGUUCAAUGGGGGCGGGACCGAGAAAAGCGUGAUGGAGAGAGCGGGAUGCCUGGACUACUUCCCGGAGCCAUGGGUGCCGGACAAGGGGGAGGUGUGGCAGCGCCAAGUCCGAUACCGGUUCGACGACAACCUGGUUUCCCACUACCGAGGUGAGGUGGCCAGCAGCCAGAAGAGGUGUCUGCUUCCCGGCAGAAGAAACGGCUGGCUCAUCGAAGAAGUGGCGGCGCCCCAUGCCUUCACGCUCGCCGACUGCUUCACAAUUCAUUUGAAGUACGUGGUGGAGAGCGUGGCCUCGAAAUCGGAAGGGUGCAGCAGCAUUCAGGUGUACGUGGGGAUUUCGUGGGUGAAGCCGAGCUGCAAGCACAAGAAGAAGAUUGCUAAGAACAUCGCCGCCAAUCUGCAGAAGCGCUUCCGGAUCAUCUCCAGCGCCUUGGAGAAGGAAUACAUUUCCGGGACGACAUCGUAUCGAUGA